AUGAAGCAAAUGAAAGGGCUUGAGAGCGACACGAAGUCCAUCCUAAAAUUUGAGUUUAACCCCAAAGAUGGGAUCGACAACCCUGCCUUGUCGCUGGCUGAGGACACGGAUGGCGAGGGUCUGGGGGAGCCCCGCUUCUAUCUGCUGAACAAGGACAGCAGCGAGACCUUUGGCUUCUGCCUGCACAAGGAGCUGGGCUGCCAGGGACACAUCAUCCGGCAGGUUGAGCUGGGGGGGCUGGCGCAGCGCAGGGGGCUGCAGGAUGGGGACCGGCUCCUCCAGGUGAACGGCCACUUCGUGGACCACAUGGACCACAAAAAGGUGGUGCAGAAGAUCAAGGCCAGUGGGAACCAGGUCCUCCUGGCGGUGCUGGACAGCAAUACCUAUGAAACAGCAAAAGCACUUGGCAGGGACCUGUCCCAGAUGCUGCCGGCUGACAUCCGCCCGCGACUUUGCCACAUCACAAGGGACAAAAGUGGUUUUGGCUUCAGCAUCUCAGGGCCGGAAGGCGCGAAGGGCACCUUCCAGCUGUCGGUGCGGCGCGACGGGCCGGCCGAGCGCGCGGGGCUGCCCUCGGGCUCCUGGCUCCUGGAGCUGAACGGGGACAGCGUGAGGAGCUACUCGCACACACAGCUCGCCAGAAAGCUCAAGCGGAGCGGCAGCAAGAUCACGCUGCUCGUGGCAUCGAGUGUGGCGGAGGAGUUUUACCGCCUGUGGGGUCUGCGGGUGACAGCCGCCUUGGCGGAUGCCUCCUGGCUCCCCUUCAAGGUCCGGAAGCUGAGCAUGGUGAAAGGGCCAGAUGGUUAUGGGUUUCUGCUCAAGGAGGAGGACUGUAGCUUGGGAACCACAGGCCAGUUCCUGUGGGAGGUGGAUGCCGGGUUGCCAGCCGAGAGAGCAGGCAUGAAGGAAGGGGACCGUCUGCUGGCAGUGAACGGUGAGAGCAUCGAGGGGCUGAACCACCAGGAGACAGUCAUGAGGAUCCGUGCCCAGGGGGACCAGGUGACACUGCUGGUCAUCGACUCUGCUGGUGACAAGUUCUACCGCUCGAUUGGGCUGUCCCCACUGCAGUUCUUUGAGGACAGCGACCCUGGCCCAAGCUCCUGCACUACCUCCUUGCCCUCUCCUGAACGCUCUCCUGAGCUCCAUCACCUUGAUGUAGGACCAGAGAGUCCCAGCUCUAAGCUCAUGACCAGUGCUGCCGCUAAAGAUGUUGAACGGAGCCAGCGCCUGGAGGAGCAGAGGAAGCCGCACCAGGCCUUUUAGUGUCCAGA